UGCAUGGGUCAUCGCUUUGCAAACAAACCAAAUCAAACCAUUUCCAACGUGAUCAGGAUGAUAGAAUGAGCAAAUAUCGAAAGGGUUUUUUUCCCCGUGCACUACAACAACCAACAUCGCCUCUAAUGAAAGCGAGGCAGUGUAAACACAACUCCAGGAACAUGAAAAGAUCGGAUGACAGUGAGAGAGAGAAGGGAAGAAAGAGGCGUAGGCUACAACAGGAGUUGGGAGGCCGGAAGAUCCCCUUUCUGGGACCGUCUGCUCGAGGUUUUCAGCAGCUGUGGGAUUCCAGUUACUCUGGCUUAGCCUUGAGGAAAUCAUGUUCACUUCCUGCUGAGCUCCACAGCCGGGUUCAGGCAGCUCUGCUCACCCUCAGAAGGAAAGGCUGCCUCCUGAAGGAUCUGGUUCGCAUUCGCGAUCGUGAUGUUUUCACCGCUGUGUCGCGAGCGCUGGUCGGGGAGCCAGGCCACACCUACCGCUAUCUGGACACGCGGCUCUUUGCCAUUCCUUGGCACAGUGAGGACACCGAGGUCAAAAGGCAAAACUGUUGUGAUCCCGAUUUGAGGGACGCUUGCAAAGCAUUGUGGGAGCUAAAUACAUUCCUUUGUUCUGAUGUGUCUCAAAUAAAGGAGGGAGACCGGCUAGCACAAUGUAUGAAGGUGGAGGGAGAAACAAACCAAGUGGAAGAGGGUGAGACAGAGUCUAAACACAGUGAAGACUCCAAGAAUAGUGAAGGAGGGGACUCAGAGUCCAGACAAAGUGAGGAGGGGGACACCGAGUCAAAACACAGCGAGGAGUGGGACAUUGAGUCUAAGCACAGUGAAGAAGGAGGCUCUGGGUCAAAAAAAGAAGAGGGCUGGGAGCCUGAGGAGGGCGAGUCCUCCCAAGUCAAACCCAGUGAAGCUAGUGUUCCAGGAGUUUCAGGUCACAGUGAAGGAAAAUGCACCGGCUGGACAACCAAGGCCUUCAGCGGGACAAAGACUGAACCUGUUGGACUACAGGCCCAGGAGAAGACUGUGGCUCAACUAAAGCACAGUUUGUCAGAUGAUCACACUCAGGACAAAGGAAUGAGCUGCUCCCAGCCCAGUUCCCCACAGGCGUGCACCGGCCCAGUCAAGUUCAACGUCACCCUACUGAACUACAUGGACCCAGCACAGAUGAGCCAUCUCAAAGAGGAACCCUACUACGGCAUGGGGAAAAUGGCCGUCGGGUGGCACCAUGACGAGAACCUGAUCACUCAUUCGCCAGUGGCGGUAUACAACUAUAGUUGCCAUGACGAUAAAGGUGAGUGCAGCGAAGGUGGCAGCGGUGAGAAGUCGUGUUGGAGGAUCGGCCUGAAAGUGGCCUGGGACAUCCACACACCUGGCCUGAUGCUGCCCCUCGAGUCUGGAGACUGCUACUACAUGAGAGAUGACCUGAACAGCACCCACCAGCAUUGUGUACUUGCUGGAGAAACGCCACGCUUCAGCUCGACUCACAGAGUGGCCGAGUGUUCUAAGGGGACCCUGACCUACAUCCAGUCCCGGUGCCAGGAGGCCCUGUCCAACCUGCAUACUGACCCCGAGACGGGCUCCCACAGCCUGGUGACCCUGCAGCCGACAGCGUUACAGCACUGUGAGGAGAUUCACAAUGAGGUGGAGUUUGAAUGGCUGCGACAGUAUUGGUUUCAGGGCCAGCGUUACGCCCGCUUCUGCAGCUGGUGGUCCCGACCGAUGGAGCAGCUGGAGAAGGAUUGGAAGCUCAUGGAGACCAUGACCAUGCUUUUCCUGGCUACAGUGGAGGAGGAAGGCCAAGAGGAGGAAGGAAGGCGAGAGAUGGCAGAAACGCUGCUGUCUGCUCUGACAGACAGGCACCAGCAGAGGCAGACAUGGAGAGACAGGUGCCACUCGAGUCUGGCCCAGACGUUACCCCCUGAGGAGGCCCCAGUGGACCGACCCUUCUGGGGUGUGGAUGACCCUGGCAUGCCUCUGCCCUUUGAUCUGGCUGAAAUCAUCAGCAGAGUGGAGUCACUGCUGUGGAGGAUGUAAAGGUCUGAUAAAGGAACCAAGGAUGAAAAAAAUCAACCCACCAGCUUCUCUGAAUGGUCCCCACAUCAGCUUGAUGAGACUGACAACGGAUGUUCCAUUUGUUGUGGUCCCAUAAUGGUUGGAUGUGUUCUGAUUGGAGCAUCUACACCCUUCCCCACUGCUUCACCCACUGCUAUCCCAGCCAGUAUCUACAUUUCAGUUACUCUAUCUUGGAUUUGUCAGGAAGCAGGAAUCAGAGCACCACAUUGUAUUCAGAAUAGCGCUUUAGCAACAUGCUAACAACACAGAGCUUAGCAGCAAACUACUAGUGACACAACAGUCUAACAAAACAUAAGUGGAACCUGCAUUUAAGUGUUAGCAUACAUUGUAUAACUAUUUAUUUCUGUGUACUCUGUUGCUUAAUCUCAUGUAAUCCAUACCUGCUUUUAUUAAUGGACUGACUGAUUCUCAGUAGCCCCAGUACCGUACAUACAUAUAUGCUUUCUGCUUGUCUCACAGUAUUAUGAUAUGGUAUAGAUUGGUAAGAAAACUCAUUUUUCUCUCAUGGUAUUGCAUUCUUUACUUAUUCGUAGUGUUUUAGUGUGUUCAGAAGUGGAAUAAGCCUGCAGAGACCAAAGAGAGACUACGAUAAGAAAGUUCUGAAUGUCAUCGGGUGGAAAACAUGAAGAACGUGUCGUGUUUGUGGUGCAGUGGCGUGCUUGUGCCAUUUUGCUUUUCGAAUGUGCCUGUUUGUCUGUCUGUGUUCGUUUACCAACGCCACUAUACAUGUGGUCGGCCGUUUGCUUGUAUGUGUUGUUUUUGUGCACCCUCUCUCCCCCAUUUGCCUACAUGAAGGCACACAUGUGUGAAUGUGAUAGCGUGCGUGAGCCCUGCAGGACGCCUGCCAGUUGUUUGUUCUCGAAGACGAAGGAACGGAGCGCUGCAGAAGAGCCCCCUUCUUCCUCUGCUCUGAUGAAAGGCAGCGCUGAUAGAAUGACCCGGAACACAACCGCCGUUUCUCAUAAUUACAGCUGUUCAGUCGCUUUUAAUUACUCUUAAAGCGUGUAGAGCACCACGUUCCCCUGUAAUGCUGCGGGCCAUCCGAGAGAGCGAGGGAAAGAUCCGGAGCUUCUGACAAAAUCCACUUUCAGAAAAGCUGCAAAAAAAAAGCGGGUUGAGGAAGAGGGCCGACGUCAAAGUGGUUUAGCAGCUCUGCUAGUUUGAUUUUUCUCUCUGUCUAGUUCAUGAUGAAGUUGAGAUGCUAUUUGCUAUUAAGAAUGUGGAAUGCACUCCUUUUUUUUACUUCCAAGGUUUUUUCAAAGAUUUUAAUGGUUGCCAAACGCUGUUCUUCUUACUUCUUCUUUCUGUGCUUUUUGUUGUUUCUUAUUGUCAGGGAGAUUUGUUUGUAGAACAGCAGCAGUGUUGACUUCUUUGAAUCACUCUGUGCUCCCGGCGCCUCGGCUUGUAUGUCUGAAGCAGUAGGAAUGGCAGUAAAUAAAGAAAUGUGUUUUAUCCAGCGGCCUUGGUCUGUCUCUUUUUUUUUUCUAAUUCUG